AUGGAGUAUUGCUAUUCCAAAGAGUGCAACCUUAAGCUCUCUGAGGCCGAAGGGCUAGAGAUUGACGUUGUAUUCCGAAUGCACAAAGACUGGGCAAAGGAGGUCAAAGGCACGCUUGAUAUGCAAAAGGAGUGGAACAUGCAUGUGUCUUCGAUAGAUGGGUAUAAUGGGGGCCUUGGACGUCAGUAUCAAUUUAUGAGUGCAACGAUUCCGGAAUGUUUGCCAGAGAGGCUUGAAAUCAUAUCUUAUGCCAAUGAAUUUGCCUUUCUUUAUGACGAUAAAUUGGAAAAUAUGGACACAAUCAACCCUGCCGCCGAGAGUUACGGACUGCUAGACGCAUUUUCGGAUGUUUUGAACCAACAAUCGAGUGCCUCCUCUCGUCGAGAGAAAAAGUUACAGGCAAAGAUACUGUCAAAGAUGAUGGCCAUCGACGGACGCCGAGCCGCUGUAAUGAUGAACUCUUGGGCGACGUUCGUGAAUUCAGCUGCUAGGGUGAGGGUUUCUCCUCCCGAUACUUUGGAGGAGUAUAUUCCUGCCCGAGUUAUAGAUGCUGGAGAGCUGAUAUGGUUUGGGUUCAUUACAUUUGGCAUGGCUCUCACUAUCCCAGACAAUGAAUAUGAGAAAUGCCAUACACUAGCCAAACCGGCAUACGCUGCGUUGGGGCUCACCAAUGACUUGUUCUCGUGGAACAAAGAGCGAGAUGCCGCUCGACGAGCAGGGCAGACCUGCGUUUUCAACGCUAUAUGGGUCAUCAUGCGAGAAAAGUCCGUUACAGAAGCUGAGGCCAAAAUGAUUUGCCGGGCGGAAAUUCGACGGUGGAUCUCCACGUACCGUUGCAUUGUGGACAAUGCCAAGGAAGAUAUGUCCUUGUCUAAAGAUCUGCGGACAUAUCUUGAGGCGCUACUGCUGAGUUAUGUGGGUAAUCUGGUCUGGAGUAUCACUUGCCCGAGAUAUAACGAAUAUCCAUGCCGUUGAGUAUGUCGCGGGUGGGCGACUAUGGAAAUCUACGGUAGCUUGGCUGUGCACCCUGUCUUGCGCAAGUACUGUCUUUAGAAGAAUUGACGCUGAAGUGAUCAAGCCAAGCAUUCAGGUGAAACAAACGGGGUUCGGGUGUGUCCUAUGACCGCCGCAGGAACUCGCGAACGCAUUUUAUCCUUCCUCCUCCUGCUUAGUUAUUGG